UCCAAGCCACAGCACUCAACCAUGCAGCAGCUCAACUCAUCCAACAGCUCACUCAUCGCUCCUGUCUCUACUGAGAACCUGAUUGCCAGUAGUGUGGUGGCAGUUUGCUUCAUACUGGGAGUCCCUGGUAAUAUUGCUGUAAUGGUGCGUCUGUCUGGAUGGCUGAAGAGAGGCAGUUUCACCCCGAGACUGAUGCUAAACCUGGCCAUAUCAGAUCUACUCACUCUGAUUUCUCUGCCCGUUUGGAUUUGGGCUCUUCUGCAUGAAUGGGUGUUUGGCUUGGUCUUGUGUAAGCUUCUCUCUUACUUGAUCUACUUAAGCUUCUACUGCAGCAUAAUGUGUGUGGUGUUGAUGAGCAUGCAACGAUACAUCCAAGUGCUGCAUCCUGAUAAAUGGCAGAAGCUUGGCAGAAAAGGAAAGAAGAUCCUUUUGAGUGCUAUGUGGAUGUUAAGUGCAGUUUUAUCAUGCUAUUCUCUCAUACUAAGUGAAAUAAGCUUGGACAGAGAAAGACAUCUUCAGUGCAGGCUAAGAUAUCAGAAUGAGGUUGAAAGAGUGUCUACUUUAACCUUGGAGAUUAUAAUAUUUCUGGCUUCAUUCGCCAUCGUAUCUUAUUUCUACUUUCACCUUCACAGAGGAGUUAAUAACUCAGCUUUCUUCAGCAGUAACUCAUUGACCAAGCUGGUGACCAGAAUUGUGGUGUGUUUCUUUAUUUUUUGGAUCCCGAAUCAAAUCUCCGACAUUGUGAUCAUCUUUGCUGCAUUGACUGGGAAUGACAGUCUGUUAAGAUCUGCAGUAUCUAGAGAGAAUGUUACUACAGCUCUAGUUUUUAUUAACAGUUGUGUGAACCCUUUCCUGUACGCUUUCUCUGCCCGGGCUCUUCAACAUGGAACAGUUGGAACAGAUAAUCCUUAGUUUCUUGAAGAUAUAGAGGUUUGAGUGAGCUGAUACAAGUCUCUGACAGCCUUUCACAGACAUUGCAUUUAAAGGCACACCAUAUAAAAUUAUACAAAUCUUUUUGCUUAUUCUUGCCAUCUAUUUUUAUAGUUUUUUGCAUCCUCACAAUUUUUUUUAUUGCACCUUUCAAUAUACAUUUUCAGAUUAAUUUCUUCAUUUAAAGUGAGUCUGUAUGAUUUUUGAAACAUUUAAUCUACCUAAUGCAUUUAAACCAAAAGCAUAAUGGCUUGAAACAAAGAAGUUAGUCUUAAAUUACAAUUAUUUUACUAUAUGUUUGUAUCGUGUUAAAACAACAACAAAAAAGACAAGCUUAACGUUGAUGUAUCUUAAAUCUGUAACCUAGUGAACGAGUGUUAAUGUAUUCAUUGCUGGAGAUUUCAAAUCACUUUUGUACAUUGCUCAGGAUAAGUGCAUCUGCCAAAUGUUGUGAAUGUAAAAUUGUAAAGUGACAAAUGUUAAUCAGUCAAAAAUGUGAUCAUCAAUAUUAGCAACAUUCAUUAUGAGUAUAGAUUUGUUAUAAAUUUGUUACAAAUAUUCAUUAUAAAUAUAGAUUUCUGAACAUAUAAAAAAUCAGAGCGUAGUGUUAAGGCAGAAAAGACACACACACACACACACACACACACACACACACACACACACACACACACACACGCCCACACGCACGCACCUACUCGAAGAAAUGAUACAGGUUGAAAAUUAUGUACUAGUAUGUUUUUCAAAAUAAAAUAGUUAUAAUUAAACCAUGCAGUAUCUUAAGAUGUUCUACGCUGAAACAAAAACAAGAUUUGUCACUCCAGUCUCAUUGCAACUACAAGUGAUAUGUCCCGACUUGAUUGAGGAAGCCUGUGGUGCAGGGGCGGUCCUAGACCUUUAAAACUUAAAGUAUAAUUUUUACUUUCAUAAACAAACAAUAAAAAUGACGUUAAAAUGCAGGACAUGUCGCCGAUGGGAAAGAAAAUUAU